GGGCGGGAUGUUCCGGACCGCGUCGCAGACCGGUUUGUUGUGCUGCUCGAACUGAAUGAAAUGGCAAAGGUCUAUUGCUUGCAAACCGAAGCUGAAUUAUAUUUGGCGAAGAUAGACAAUUACAAUGCUUGUUCUACUCAGGAGGCGCAAUCUGGAGACGAGAACAGCAGGACCGCGCCGUUGCAAGAUGAAAUGAAUAGCAGUGCCUGUGGCCCCCGCGGGGGAUCUGGAUCUCCUGGACCGCCAGCAGCGUCCGCGAAAAAUAUUACAAUACGCAGUAGUACAACUACUGCUGCUUGCUGCGACACGGAGUGCACCAGCCUGGUCAACCCGGCGCACCCGGACGGGAAAAA